AUGGGAGAUAGGAGGUUUCACUCCCUGGGAAAGCGACUGAGAGUUGACAGCCCCGGAGGAUGUCGUAAACCAGACGAACGCACCGAGUCCGCAGAGAAUGGAGGAGGCAAAGGUGGCUGUUCAUCCAAGAGUCGUUUGGACGGAGCCGGUGCUUCUUACUCCAAACCGGACGAUGAAGCCGCGGUCGCCGUUCCAGUGCGCUCGAAGACGCGUCCUACUGAGGUAAAUUCUGCCAAAGUGCCCUACGUUGAUGCUUGCGGUGGUGUUGGGAGGAGAGACUUGAGAACUUCUGCUGCUCAAGGCAAGGAAGGUGUUAGUGAUCAGAUGAAGGUGAAGGAGGCGGUUCGCGCGUUUCACAAGAUUUUUGAAGAGGUUAAAGGUGCGCGGAAGUCAAAGCAUGUGUUUGAAAAAGACUCUGGAAUUUCAGUUUUUAGCGAGGCUUUGGAGCGAAUGAAAAUGUCAAAGAAGUGUGUUAAUCCUGGGAAAUUGCGAGGCCCUGUGCCUGGUGUUGAAAUAGGGCAGGAGUUCUGUUGUAGGGCCGAGCUGGUUGUGACUGGCGUUCACGGUCAAAUUGUGAAAGGCAUAGAUUGGGUAUCGAAGGACGGGAAACCUUAUGCCACGAGUAUUGUUGAGUCUGGCCAAUACUCAAAUUGCAUGAAGUCCAAAGAUGAGGUAAUUUACUGUGGCGAAGGUGGAAACCGUGUAUUCGGGGGAAGGGGUUGCCUCAAGGAUCAAAAGCUUAGUGGGGGUAAUCUUGCCCUGAGGAAUAGCAUGCAUUCCAAUCAUCCCGUGCGCUUUGUUCGCAGAUAUAAGCUUACGAAGUGUGGUUCUGGCCCUAGGCAUGCCAACCACGAGAGACUUUCUAACUGCAAGUAUGUUUACCAAGGUAUAUUCUACGUGCGACGGUAUUGGAUAGAAAGAGGGCCUUUCGGAAAGCUGAUGUACAUGUUCAGAUUGACCAGAGACUUGACGAGAAAUAGCCAUGAUGGGACUUCGAAUGUUUCAAGAGCUCUUGAACGUGUUUGUGUGGAUGAUAUAUCUCGAGGGAGAGAAAAGGUACCGAUUCGAGUUUCCGGUGCAGUUGGUAAGGAUGGACCUUCGCCUUUUAAUUACAUUGUUGAUAUCAUCUAUCCAGAGCAAAAGGAUCUGUCUCCUCCAAUCGGUUGCAAUUGCGAGGAAGGAUGUCAUUCCAUGAUAUGUUCUUGUGCAAUAAAGAAUGGAAGGGAAUUGCCAUACAAACAGGAUGGAAGAAUUUCCAAGUUUAAGCCCCUUGUUUAUGAGUGUGGCCCAUACUGUUCUUGCUCGCACUCUUGCAUAAACAGAGCGAGCCAAAGCGGCAUCAAGUUUGACCUAGAGAUAUUUCAAACUCGAGGAAAGGGGUGGGGCGUUAGAUCACGGUCACACAUCCCGUUAGGAAGUUUUGUCUGCGAGUACAUUGGCAAAGUACUUCCAGAUGUGUUAGCCUCGCCGGAGUUCAACAAACACCAGUACUUCUUUAAUAUCGGGGUUGUUGGUGCCACCCAUGAGGAGAAUGGUGAGUACUUUACUAUUGAUGCCAAGGCAAAUGGAAACAUUGGGAGGUUUAUCAACCACAGUUGCUCUCCAAAUCUGUAUGCACAAAAUGUGCUCUAUGAUCACGACGACAAGAGCAUGCCUCACAUAAAGUUUUUUGCUUCGAAAGACAUACUGCCAUUAACAGAGUUGACUUUUGAUUACACAGUUAGCCAUGUUCGUUGUGCUGAUGUCCUGCAAAGGAUGAAAUGUUACUGUAAUACUGUAGCAUGUAAAGAAAAGCGUCCCAAUGAAGAACGAAGUCGUUAG